AUGACUGAUUGGUCGUAUUGCGGUGCACACGUGCAUGCGCACCCCAUCGCGACAUCGGAGGGGCUCAGCCGCUGCUUUCUUCUCUCCCUCAGCUGCCUGGUCCUGUUCUUUUACAGCUUUGUCUUUAAUGGCAUCGCGGGCGUGCUCGCCAAAAAAGACCCUCAUCCUGCGGCUCUGCCUGCAACGCAAGCGCGUGUCACCGUCUUUGCCGCCGCCCUCAUCGCGCUCGUCUACCUCGCCGAGGGCAUUGUCCUUACGGUCCAGGAUGGCCCGAUUGAGGUCGUUAUUGUCACCUCCACCUUUCACCUAGCUGCCUGGCUCUUUGCCAUUCUUCCCCUUCGACGAGCGCACCGCCUGGCUCAACCCUUUCCUCCGGUGACUCUGCUUUUCGUCGGCUUGGCCGUCGUCUUUGCUGCUCUCGAAGCCGCCUCCCACAAGCGUCAACACUACUUUUUCUCCGACCUUCAACACAACACCGACCAUGACGUGCUCCUGGCCGGCUUUGCCACGCGCGCUGCUGUUCUCCUGCUUCUUUUUCUGCUUGGCUUGAAUAACCUGUACCAGCGCUAUCGUCAGAAACAGGCUGCCUUGCCGCAGGGCUCCACUUCCAUCAAUGACGCCGACGAAGCAGCCCCCCUGCUCAAGAGUGAGGCCACGGUAACAGUCCCCGCGCAACCAGAUGGCACCGUCAAGCAACGCGAGGGCUCUACCUUCCGUGGCCUAGGUUCCCGUGCGGCUGUCAUCUGGCCCUUUAUCUGGCCGCGUGCCCAGCGCUUGCUACAACUUCGCGUGCUGCUCUGCCUUGCUCUCCUUGCUGCCGGCCGUGUUGUCAACCUCUACGUGCCCAUCACCUACAAGCGCAUCGUCGAUGCUCUCACCCCCGACACGGACAAUAACGAUCCUCACCCAGCCUCCAACGCCACCCAGCUCCAACACAUCCUCCCCACGACCCUCAUCAAUCUGAGCGCCCGUCUCGGAGCCGACCCCUCGACGCCCGUCACCGUGCCUUUCCCUGUCACAGCCAUCCUCAUCUAUGUGGCCAUGCGCUUUCUCUCCGGCGGCGGAUCCGGGGGCAUGGGCUUGCUCAACAACCUCCGCACCUUCCUCUGGAUCCGUGUGACGCAGUACACCUCGCGUAUCGCUCGAACUGACAUGUUCAGACACCUUCACUCCCUCUCCCUCCGCUGGCACUUGUCUCGCAAGACCGGCGAAGUCUUGCGCAUGGUGGACCGAGGCACCGACUCGGUCAACAGUCUUCUCUCUUAUGUUCUCUUCAGCAUUCUGCCCACUCUCGUGGACAUUGCCAUCGCCUGUGUCUACUUUACUUCCGAGUUCGGCCCCUAUUUUGGCCUCAUCGUCUUCACCACCAUGAUGCUCUACAUUUACGCCACGAUUGCCAUAACCGAGUGGCGCACCAAGUAUCGCCGCUCAAUGAACACCCACGACAACCGCCUUCGCCAAAUGGCCGUAGACUCGCUCCUCAAUUUUGAAACGGUCAAGUAUCACAACGGCGAGCAAUUUGAGCUUCAACGCUAUGACGACAAGAUGAUCGACUACUUGCACCACUUUUGGCUCUCCAAUGCCUCCCUCAGUCUCUUAAACACGGUUCAGAGUGUCAUCAUCAUAUCAGGCUUACUGGGCGGCACACUGCUCUGUGGUUAUCUCGUUUCCAUUGGACGUCUUACUGUUGGCGAUUUUGUCCUUUACGUCACCUACGUCGUGCAGCUCUACAGUCCGCUCAAUUACUUUGGCACCUACUAUCG